AUGAAGGCUCGAAAGCGUCCAAGACCAGCUUUCCAAGGCCAUACUAUAUGCGAGGUAUCUACUGAAACACCACAAAAACAGCUCUCCAUUCGAUCUUUCUUUGGCCAAAAGCAGGUCAGCAACAUACAAGUCACACCAAGAACGCCGCUUCCUUGUUCCAGGCCACUCGAAACACCUCCUACUGCCGAAGUCACAGUCCAGGACACUCCCCCAUCAUCAGAUGAGUCACCAGUGAAGGAUAUCAAUGUCACUAGUAACAACACCAAUACGAUUAGGAACAAAAACGACAAUAAAAACAAAAAGCGUCGGUUAGCACAAGUCUUUAUCGAUUGCGGACAAAAGAACUUUGGUCAAGUCGUCUGUCCACAAUGUGGGACUCUCUACGUUCCUGGAAUAGCUGAAGAUGAAAAAAUGCACAAGCAAGUCUGUGAACAAAUAUCACAAGGGGUCGCUUGGGGUUCUACUGCCAACUGCAAGAUAAUAAAUCGAAAUUCUCAUGCCAAGUCUUCGAUUGUUCAAAUCCGACCAUCCGAGAUCACGAAGCACAGAUCAAGACUAGAAAAAAUCUUGCGCAUUGUCGAAAAAGACUUGGGAAUGCACGCAAAUUCAUCCAAUGUUAUGAUUACUACAAACGGGGGCACCAUCUUCUUGUACCUGCAAGACCAAAAAGUUGUGGGGUACUUGGCGGUAAAUUCGAUUUCUACUGCCUAUCGAAUGUUGAAUUUGUACGAGCGGGACACCAAACCAAUGUCCUGUAUGCUGGGAGUUGCAGUCUUGUGGACCCACCCUCGUGCCCGAAAGCAAGGCAUUGCCAUUAAACUAGUAGAUGCAGCGAGGGAGAAUGCUGUCUUUGGAAUCGUUGUUGCAAAAUCAAAAUUGGCAUUUUCCAGUCCGACCGAAGCGGGAUGGAGGUUUGCCAAGAAUUAUUGCGGGAAUGACGAACCACUAUUCUAUGAGUUUUAG